CGAGCAGGACCAGCAUACCGACAUUUUGAGCGCUGCAUAAAAAUACCAGCGGCGCACAAUACAUAAAAUACCGACCACGAAAGAUACCACGACGCGCGCCUUCCUAUUGGAAUUCUGAAUUCAGUCUGACUCGACUUUCGUGAUUUUUCCCUUGCCCUGACGCGCGUGAAUGCUUUUUCCGUUUCAUUUUCCUCCACAAUCAUUUGGCGCUGAAAAAUCCAUCGCAAAAAGGAUGCACCAAACCGAAUUUUCAACAAUAAACCCACUCCGCCCCCAAACCGGAUACGAAAUAAACCAACUUUUUUAAUAAUAAUAAUUACUUCCAUUUACAAUACGUGUGAAAAGCAACAAAUAAAAGUGCGCGAGCCGAAAAACCGAAUUAAUUGAAAUGGGCCUAGCCCAAAUAAAAACUUUUCGUUUGUUUUUUAAAUAGUUUAUUUAACAACACCCAAACAAAAAAAAACGUUUACUCAAAGUAAAUUGUGUGUAUAAGCCCAACUACAAUAAUUAUAAAUGUGAAUUGUGCAAUAAUCUCGCUUAAAUUUCUAUAAGAAAUUUCUAAGUGAGAGCAACUAUAAAAAUAUGUAUUAAAAUUCAGAAUUAAUAAAUGUUAUGCAACUUAGAGUUAUAAAGUAAUGUAAAAAAAAGUAACGAAAUCUCUUCAACAAAAUCGCAGUGGAACGUAAAUACAUAUAUACAAUGUAUACACGCAUACACACUCAGCCAGGCCACACCAAUGCCAUGGCAUCCUAUGUACAUAGCGGAGCCUGAGACCGACAGACCCCUCGAAAGAAUAAGAGAACAUUUUGCCGCCAAGUUUUUAGCGACAUUUAGCGACAGCACACCACAAGAAGAAAAACCCACCAACCGAAGAGAAAAGAACCGAAACGAAACGAAAUCAGAGCCAGAACCAGAACCAGAGCACAGGACAGCAUUCCAAUCUGAUUUUAAAUGCGAACCAACCAUCAGCCACCUACCUGAAAGUCGCGGGCAUCAUUAGCGCCCCCAUCCGUAGCACCUAUCCCGCACAGGCACACGUACACGGACACGGACACGCAUACGCACACGCACGCAAGCGCAGGUCUUGGAGCUAACAAAACUAUUUUCGCUUUGAUUUGGCUUUUGUUUUAUUUGCGCAUCGAAAAUGUGGAGGAGGAGAGCGACCAAGCUGUUCGUGGAAACGACAACACCAUCACCAUCAGCAUCACCAUCAGCAUCAGCAUGGAGGAAUACGCGUCGUCAGGGACAAACAGGAGAGCCGACAACAGCAACAGCAAAAGCAACAAUUAGGCGAACAAGGACAUCAACUGCACAAGGAUUAACCAUCACAUGGUUGUUGCCGUUUGCCGUUGUUGCUGCUGUUGCAAUGAUGCUCAACUGCCUCGUCGUCUGUCAAGCUGCCAGACGAGCCCCGCCGGAGCCCUACUACGGCCGCUACAUCGGGGACUUUACCAACUUUGCGCAUGGCAUCAAGGGUCACAUCUAUGCCGUGGACGAGUCAACGAUGUUCGUCAAGUCGUUCGCCUACGACGGCACCGGACCGGACGCCUUCUUCUGGGUGGGCAAGACGCCGCGCCCCAGCCCCGAUGGCUACAUCAUACCCUAUCCGGAGGAGUACACGGGCGUAGAUCCACCCAUUCUGCAGGCCCACAAUAAAACGGACAUCAUACUGCGCUUACCCAUGGGCAAAAGGAUUAAGGACAUUCGCUGGCUGUCGGUGUGGUGCAGACGCUUCACAGUGGACUUUGGUGAGGUAUUCAUUCCACCCGGUCUUGAUAUACCCAAGCCGCGGGUACUGCCCGAAUUCAAGCGUUUGGCCCACGGCCUACGGUCCAGCAACAUCAGCGUACUAGAUGCCAAGACCUUCUACAUACCGAAUCUGCACUAUGAUGGCGCCGGACCCGACGCCUACUUCUGGGUGGGCAACGGCAGCGAACCCAACAUCAUGGGCAUAAAGGUGCCAAACGAGGUGGGAUCUUUGGAACCGCUGCGGGGCUACCAGGGCGAGGAUAUCGAGAUUCAGUUGCCGGGAAGCAUGACCGUCUACGACAUCGACUGGCUGGCCGUGUGGUGUGUGGAGUACAGGCACAACUUCGGGCACGUCUACAUACCCCGGGACAUGGACGUGCCGCCAGCCCUGGGCCAGACAAAGAUCACGCCUCCAUGGUGGUAUUCACCCACCACCACCACCCCCCGGCCAGUGUACAGCAACUGCCGGGAGAUCCUGCCCAACAAGCUGCAGGUCAAGUGGGAGCUGCAGGGUGAGUAUCUGCAGAUAGAGCUCUUCGGGCGCAUCACGGAGGAUCAGUACAUGGCCUUUGGUCUCUCGGGGGCCAAUGGGCGUGCCCAGAUGUCCCAGUCCGAUGUGGUGGUGGCCUUCUAUGACACCAAUGCCCGUGUGUUCCGGGCCGAGGAUUACUUCAUCUCCGAUCUGUCCCAGUGCGAUGGUCAGCGCGGCGCCUGUCCCGAUGAGCGGAUUGGGGCCCGCAACGAUGUGCAUGUGUUGAGUGGGGAUCGCAAGAACGGGGUGACUAGCAUCCGAUACAAGCGUUUGCUGCAGACGAACGAGGUCAUCUACGAUUCGGCCAUUCCCAUCGACCGCGAGGUGUCCGUUAUCGCUGCCAUUGGACCGCUCAAUGCCCGCAAGGAGGCCAAUGCCCACUCGCACACCGCCAGCGACCACAACCAGGAGGACAUUCGCAUCAACUUUUCGGCUCGGAACGAUCAUGCCUGCAAGAGUUCGCUGUAUGAGGUGAAGGACGAGAGCGGACCCAGGCCAUGGCCCACGCGAAAGAUCGAAGGUGUCAGGAAGUUCCGUGCCAGCAUUGGUCCGACGGGUGGCAAGCGAGGCUAUACGGCCAUCACGGGUGUGCCCUCGUGGGGCAUUGCCUGGUAUGUGAACGAUCUGCUGAUACCUGAGAUCACUGUGGAGCGUGGCCUGAACUACGAGUUCAUCAUCGAAGGCGGCAGCGAUCCCGCCCAGCCAGCUAGAUAUCAUCCAUUCUAUAUCACAGACUCGCCGGAGGGCGGCCUGGGCCAGAAGAUUGGUCUGGAGGCCAGGAAACAAAAGGCAUACGCCGGUGUGGAGUACGACGAGGAUGGCAAUGCCAUACCAACGAGCGCUGGGCGCUAUUGCGAGUGGGAGCAUCAGACCAUUGAUCGAUCAGCUGAGAUCGAGACCUUUGAGGAGUACGUCAAAACGCUGGUCUUCAAGUGCGAGGAUGGAGAGCCGGGCUAUCUCAACUGGACAGUUCCCAUGAAUGCCCCAGAUCAGCUGUACUAUCAGUGCUUCACCCACAAUAAUCUGGGCUGGAAGAUCAACGUGGUGGACAUGGGUGCAUCGGGUGGUUCGGAUGGCAGCAGGGGCCUCAUGGUCUACGUAAUUUCAACAGUCUUUAGUCUGGUUGCGACACGCCUUCUUCUGACGGGCCAUGUACUUGCCUGAUAGUGCUCUGGCAUAAAUUAGAGUUCAACUUCAAAAUGAUCGACAGACAAGGUCCACGGGCCUUUUGAGCACAUAUCCUGGAUCACUUUACAUAUCCCCCCACCCUGCCUGCCCCGCUAAGUUUUUCCUUCUAACGCGUAUUGCUCUUGACGAAUUUAUGAUUUUACAACCAAGCCCAGGGCCUUGUCUGUCGGGGAUCUUGGGCCAUUAGGCGACGUUCACAACCAGGCUAAUAUCAUCUGAAAAACAUAUCUUGAUAAUAAUUCGUAAGAUGUAAAACUGUUGAAAUUAUGUGUGCAUGCGUGCGAGUAGAGUGUCCACGAAAGGAGGAUAGUGGGAUAGAGAGAGAGAGAGAGGAAGUGGGGGCCUGAUCGGCUCGGUUGAGGGGAACGAUCUUUUUGUACAUUUACGAGUAUGGAAUUCUACUUUUUUACAUGUAUACUUAUUAAAUUUACUUAUACAUCUACAUCUCUAGCGUCGUAACGGUGUAAUUUUUAUAGAAACUACAAGUACAGUACGACUACAGAAACUAAGUUACGAAGAAUCGAAGCCGUUUGCACGGCGGUUCCAAGUAAAGUGUAUGCCGACAAUAAAUACGCAUCUACACAAUGACAAUAAAUUGUAAUGCAAAUAUGAAAAUGAUACAAUAAAUCAAAUCAGAUAAACCUUAGCAGGGCCGCAACUGACGCCCAUUGGACUUGUACAAUAGGAUUUAUAAUAUACUAUAUACUAUUUAUUAAGACAUAAGGAAUGGCAGAGGCAAAUGCAAUUUGUAUGACAAUAAAAAAAUCUACAGAUAUGUGAACUUUCGAGAAAGUCGUUGGGCGGACAAUACAAUAAUUUUACACAAUUUGAAUGUACUGAGACGAACUAAAGAGCGAAAAACCAAUGGGAAAACUAUGUUAUUUAAUGCUACUAACUACUGUGGUGCUUCUUGUAACGAUAUUAGGAUGAUCUGACACAUACACACACACACAUACACAAAUGUAACUUAUGUAAAUCCCUGCCCUCUCCAGGACAGACCCCUCUUUGGAAGGGCGAUACAGUUUUUGUUAUCAGAUGGUUUUCCUGUAACUUUUUUAACUAUAUUUGCAUAAUUGGUGUUUUUAUAUAAGCAAGAUAUACAUACAUACAGACACAAAUACAUAAUAUAUGAGUAUAUGUUUAUAGUAA